AAAGGAUGACUGUCUUGCUUCAGCCUCAUUAUGGAAGCCCUGGCUCCAGGACCAGCCUCUAAAUUAUACACCAUAAUGGAAGCCCUGGCCCCAGGACCAGCCUCUAAAUUAUACACCAUAAUGGAAGCCCUGGCCCCAGGACCAGCCUCUAAAUUAUACACCAUAAUGGAAGCCCUGGCCCCAGGACCAGCCUCUAAAUUAUACACCAUAAUGGAAGCCCUGGCCACCAGGACCAGCCUCUAAAUUAUACACCAUAAUGGAAGCCCUGGCCCCAGGACCAGCCUCUAAAUUAUACACCAUAAUGGAAGCCCUGGCCCCAGGACCAGCCUCUAAAUUAUACACCAUAAUGGAAGCCCUGGCCCCAGGACUAGCCUCUAAAUUAUACACCAUAAUGGAAGCCCUGGCCCCAGGACCAGCCUCUAAAUUAUACACCAUAAUGGAAGCCCUGGCCCCAGGACCAGCCUCUAAAUUAUACACCAUAAUGGAAGCCCUGGCUCCAGGACCAGCCUCUAAAUUAUACACCAUAAUGGAAGCCCUGGCUCCAGGACCAGCCUCUAAAUUAUACACCAUAAGAUCUAAACUUAUAUCAGCCCUUGAAUUACCCUGCUUUCUUUCACGUUUAGUUUAAAAUGUGGUUCUCUCCAGACCUGUUUUCCUGAGUGAUUGUAGAAUAGCUGCUGGUCUACUUGAUGUUGGAGGACUGGGUACUGGUCUACUUGAUGUUGGAGGACUGGGUACUGGUCUACUUGAUGUUGGAGGACUGGGUACUGGUCUACUUGAUGUUGGAGGACUGGGUACUGGUCUACUUGAUGUUGGAGGACUGGGUACUGGUCUACUUGAUGUUGGAGGACUGGGUACUGGUCUACUUGAUGUUGGAGGACUGGGUACUGGUCUACUUGAUGUUGGAGGACUGGGUACUGGUCUACUUGAUGUUGGAGGACUGGGUACUGGUCUACUUGAUGUUGGAGGACUGGGUACUGGUCUAUUUGAUGUUGGAGGACUGGGUACUGGUCUACUUGAUGUUGGAGGACUGGGUACUGGUCUACUUGAUGUUGGAGGACUGGGUACUGGUCUACUUGAUGUUGGAGGACUGGGUACUGGUCUACUUGAUGUUGGAGGACUGGGUACUGGUCUACUUGAUGUUGGAGGACUGGGUACUGGUCUAUUUGAUGGUGGUAGACUGGGUACUGGUCUACUUGAUGUUGGAGGACUGGGUACUGGUCUACUUGAUGUUGGAGGACUGGGUACUGGUCUACUUGAUGUUGGAGGACUGGGUACUGGUCUACUUGAUGUUGGAGGACUGGGUACUGGUCUAUUUGAUGUUGGAGGACUGGGUACUGGUCUACUUGAUGUUGGAGGACUGGGUACUGGUCUACUUGAUGUUGGAGGACUGGGUACUGGUCUAUUUGAUGUUGGAGGACUGGGUACUGGUCUAUUUGAUGUUGGAGGACUGGGUACUGGUCUAUUUGAUGUUGGAGGACUGGGUACUGGUCUAUUUGAUGUUGGAGGACUGGGUACUGGUCUACUUGAUGUUGGAGGACUGGGUACUGGUCUAUUUGAUGUUGGAGGACUGGGUACUGGUCUACUUGAUGUUGGAGGACUGGGUACUGGUCUAUUUGAUGUUGGAGGACUGGGUACUGGUCUACUUGAUGUUGGAGGACUGGGUACUGGUCUAUUUGAUGGUGGUAGACUGGGUACUGGUCUACUUGAUGUUGGAGGACUGGGUACUGGUCUACUUGAUGUUGGAGGACUGGGUACUGGUCUACUUGAUGUUGGAGGACUGGGUACUGGUCUACUUGAUGUUGGAGGACUGGGUACUGGUCUAUUUGAUGUUGGAGGACUGGGUACUGGUCUAUUUGAUGUUGGAGGACUGGGUACUGGUCUACUUGAUGUUGGAGGACUGGGUACUGGUCUAUUUGAUGUUGGAGGACUGGGUACUGGUCUAUUUGAUGUUGGAGGACUGGGUACUGGUCUAUUUGAUGUUGGAGGACUGGGUACUGGUCUACUUGAUGUUGGAGGACUGGGUACUGGUCUACUUGAUGUUGGAGGACUGGGUACUGGUCUACUUGAUGUUGGAGGACUGGGUACUGGUCUACUUGAUGUUGGAGGACUGGGUACUGGUCUACUUGAUGUUGGAGGACUGGGUACUGGUCUACUUGAUGUUGGAGGACUGGGUACUGGUCUACUUGAUGUUGGAGGACUGGGUACUGGUCUACUUGAUGUUGGAGGACUGGGUACUGGUCUAUUUGAUGGUGGUAGACUGGGUACUGGUCUACUUGAUGUUGGAGGACUGGGUACUGGUCUACUUGAUGUUGGAGGACUGGGUACUGGUCUACUUGAUGUUGGAGGACUGGGUACUGGUCUACUUGAUGUUGGAGGACUGGGUACUGGUCUAUUUGAUGUUGGAGGACUGGGUACUGGUCUACUUGAUGUUGGAGGACUGGGUACUGGUCUACUUGAUGUUGGAGGACUGGGUACUGGUCUAUUUGAUGUUGGAGGACUGGGUACUGGUCUAUUUGAUGUUGGAGGACUGGGUACUGGUCUAUUUGAUGUUGGAGGACAGGGUACUGGUCUAUUUGAUGUUGGAGGACUGGGUACUGGUCUACUUGAUGUUGGAGGACUGGGUACUGGUCUAUUUGAUGUUGGAGGACUGGGUACUGGUCUACUUGAUGUUGGAGGACUGGGUACUGGUCUAUUUGAUGUUGGAGGACUGGGUACUGGUCUACUUGAUGUUGGAGGACUGGGUACUGGUCUAUUUGAUGGUGGUAGACUGGGUACUGGUCUACUUGAUGUUGGAGGACUGGGUACUGGUCUACUUGAUGUUGGAGGACUGGGUACUGGUCUACUUGAUGUUGGAGGACUGGGUACUGGUCUACUUGAUGUUGGAGGACUGGGUACUGGUCUAUUUGAUGUUGGAGGACUGGGUACUGGUCUAUUUGAUGUUGGAGGACUGGGUACUGGUCUACUUGAUGUUGGAGGACUGGGUACUGGUCUAUUUGAUGUUGGAGGACUGGGUACUGGUCUAUUUGAUGUUGGAGGACUGGGUACUGGUCUAUUUGAUGUUGGAGGACUGGGUACUGGUCUACUUGAUGUUGGAGGACUGGGUACUGGUCUACUUGAUGUUGGAGGACUGGGUACUGGUCUACUUGAUGUUGGAGGACUGGGUACUGGUCUACUUGAUGUUGGAGGACUGGGUACUGGUCUACUUGAUGUUGGAGGACUGGGUACUGGUCUACUUGAUGUUGGAGGACUGGGUACUGGUCUACUUGAUGUUGGAGGACUGGGUACUGGUCUACUUGAUGUUGGAGGACUGGGUACUGGUCUAUUUGAUGGUGGUAGACUGGGUACUGGUCUACUUGAUGUUGGAGGACUGGGUACUGGUCUACUUGAUGUUGGAGGACUGGGUACUGGUCUAUUUGAUGUUGGAGGACUGGGUACUGGUCUACUUGAUGUUGGAGGACUGGGUACUGGUCUACUUGAUGUUGGAGGACUGGGUACUGGUCUAUUUGAUGUUGGAGGACUGGGUACUGGUCUACUUGAUGUUGGAGGACUGGGUACUGGUCUAUUUGAUGUUGGAGGACUGGGUACUGGUCUACUUGAUGUUGGAGGACUGGGUGAUUGUAGAAUAGCUGCUGGUCUAUUUGAUGUUGGAGGACUGGGUGAUUGUAGAAUAGCUGCUGGUCUACUUGAUGUUGGAGGACUGGGUGAUUGUAGGGUACAUGUCAUUUAGUAUUUUUCAGUGAGUAG